AUGCACGUACUUUUGUGUGUCUCAUCGCUGAGCAGCUCAGAGCGGAAUGCGAGCAUUGUGCUGGCGUCGCACGAGGAGGCGCUGCCGCUGACGGGGCUGCUGCCGCCGCUGGUGGGCCCUACCGACGCAGACGACGACGACCUGAGCGACGUGGAGCUGGACGUGGGCGAGGAGGAGGCGGCGCCGACGCCGCCCCCGCUGCCCGAGCCGUACUUUGACGCGCUGACGCCGCGACACGUCACCGCGCUGCUGGGGCGCUCCGCAAGGCUCACAUGCCGCGUCUUCAAUCUGGCUAACAGGACGGUGUCGUGGGUGCGCCACCGGGACCUGCACAUCCUGACGGUGGGCUCGUACACGUACUCGAGCGACCAGCGCAUCAGCGCGUCGCGCGUCGGACCCGCCGAGUGGCAGCUGGAGAUCCGCUGGGUGACCCACCGCGAUACCGGCGUCUACGAGUGCCAGGUCAGCUCGCUGCCCAUCAUGGCGCUCCAGGUGCGCCUCGACGUCGUCGUUCCGACGGCCUCGAUCCUGGGCGGGCCGGACCUAUACGUGAAUCGCGGCAGCUCCAUCAACCUGACGUGCAUCGUCGUCAACUCGCCAGAGCCACCGGCGUACAUAUUCUGGUACCACCGCGACCAGGUGAUCAGCUACGACUCCCCGCGUGGCGGCGUCAGCGUGGCGACGGACAAGGGCCCCGUCACGACAACGCGCCUGCUGGUGCAGCGAGCCAACGCGGCCGACGCCGGCAACUACUCGUGCCGGCCCAGCAACGCGCGCGCCGACACCAUCACGGUGCACGUGCUCGACGGAGAGCACCCGGAGGCGAUGCAGGCUGGGUCCAACCCCGCCGCCCCCGCGGCGCUGCUGCUGCCCUUUGCCGCCAUCACUAGCCGCCUCUUGGCCUCGCCGAACAACGGUUUCCAGUGAGCGCUUGCCAGCACUAGGCCAAAGCAUCCUGGGACGUGGAGCCGGGAGGAAAGUGAAAGACCCGUUACGCCAUAUCCACCACCUCGACGUCUGAAGGUCUUGGUUUAACCUUUUGGGGAACCAAGGACCAUCUCACCUCGACAUGGCAGUUCCCCUUGUGGUUCUGAUCAGCGGCUGCUGACCGUGACAUUGACAGGACUGGUGAGCAGACAUAUCAAGACAACACUUUUGGUCAGGCAACUUUCGUCUGGAAAUAGAAGGGGAAAGCGACGAGAUUUUCAUCCCUGAGAUGAGUUCGUGCACUGAGAGCUUUGUAUGUUGCUAUUGUAUGACGAUAGUAGUUGAGAAAAGGUACCACUGCUUCUUCUGAUCGUUUAUAACUGUGUGGUCCAUGGUAAAAGCUUUAUCGCCAUUUACGUGUUAUUGUCCUAAAUUCCUGGACACUCAUUCUAUGUGUAUAUUAAAAAAUCUUGUACAUGUGAAUAAAAAUGAUUUCAUAUCUUGUUGGACCUACGGAUAAUUAAACUCAGUCAUGUUAAUUUGUUUAGUUAGAAAAUUAUCGUAGCAUUUAUUUUCAUAACGUUAUGUCCUGUGCUAAAUGUGUAAAGAAAUAAAUCGCUAGAAAUGU